AUGAAGUUGUUUAGUGUGCUUGCUGGUGGAGCUGUGCUGGCGCAGGUGUGCGUGGCGAAACAGAGUGUUUUCUCGUUUGAGAACUGGUCUCAGAAGGAUCUCACGGAUUAUCUGCAGGACCACGCGGACAAUUUGAAGGAUAUAGGGUCGAUGUCGCUCGAUGAGCUGAAGAAGGACGCCUUGCAGAUGUGGGAGAAGAACGCCCAGCCCAAGCCCUGGUGGCAGGUGUGGAAGUCGGACGAGUGGUCUUUCCCUUGGACCUCCGCUGGCGGGGGGUCAAAUCCAGUAUCCUCCUGGCUGUUUGAGACGUGGUCCAAGGACGAACUGCGCGAUAUGCUGGACUCCAAUGGGAUCAAAGCAAGUGCCACAGAGAGCAAGGACCAGCUGCUCAACGCCGUCAGGGAGAACUUCGACAAGAUCGCCUCCAAAAUGAAGAUCUCAGGGCUGUACCCUUCGAACAACUUCUUUGACAAGUGGACUGCCGCGGAUUUGAAGCAGUGGCUAGACAAGUUCAAGGUCCCUUACGACGCCAAAAUCGCCGACAAAAGAGACGAACUGCUGCACACAGUCAAGCAGAAUAUUUAUCAGAUGUCCUCGUUUUUGGAGCAAGAAAGAUUGAACUUGCUAAAGUCCAUUGACCUCACGGGUAAACAGCUAUAUGACAAGGCUGGUGAGCUAAAAUCUGACGUCUUCGACGAGUGGUCCAACGCAGAUAUCGAAAAAUGGCUUCAGAGCCACGAGGUGCCCAUCAAGGACAGACUCGUCUCGUCGCACGAGUACAUGGUAGACUUGGCAAACGAGCACAAGGACUUGCUAAAGGACGACAUCAACUGGUACUUAUCGGUCAGCAAAAGGAAGGUUUCCCCAUUCUUGGAGAAGACCCCAGAGUACGCCUCCUACAUGUGGGACACCUCUAAACAGUACAUGGGCGACCUGUUGGAAAAGACCAAAGAGACAAAGGGUCAGGUUGACGACGUUAUCAAUGACACUUUCCUUGUCGGCAUAGAAAGCUGGCCAAAGGACAGGUUGAAGAAGUUUUUGGACUACCGUGGUAUCAAAUACUCUUACUUUGCGACUAAGAAAGAGCUCGCGGACCUUGCUGUUGCCUACAGGAACAAACCACUAAAGGACUUGAAGCAUUACAUGAAGAGUGGAUUGGACACAAUGGGUGAAGCCAAGGACUGGGCCAUGGAAAAGAGAGACGAGUUCAUGGACUCGGAAGUCUACGAUAACAUGGCAAACCACUUGAAAAACUUGAACGAAAACGCGGGUAAUAUGAAGGACGACCUGGCCAACAGGUUAAGUGACGCCUUCAGCAACUGGUCCGCUGACGAUCUAAAGGCAUACCUUAACCAAUUUGGCGUUCAAAGCGACUCAUACUCGAAGGAAGACUUAGUCAACUUGGCAAAGGAUAACACCCAAUGGUUCUUUGGAGUCCCCACCAAACAACCUGUCUACAAAAAGAUCGCCAAUACCAUUCAGGACUACGCGAAGAGAGGCUUGAUGAUGAUAUUCAAUCGUUAG